UGAGGCCGCAGCGUUCGGUACCAUGAAAAUGUAUAAACGUAAGAAACUUUUGAGCUUUUCCCGAAGUUUUGCUAAAACUCUGGAUUCUAAAACCAUUUUACCUGUAUUUUAAGAAUUUUUGUUCGCUCAUUGAUAGAAAAAAGCCAACUACUUUUGGAGUAAUUACAAUUGCAGUUCAAGAAACCCGAAAUGUUCAAGCUUUUCCUCAAAUCGGUCCGAGUUAUUGCCAUGUAGAAGAUCUGAAUUAUUCGGAGCUAUCGGAACCAUCCAUUUGAACAGUCGCUUCUGAUUGUGUAGACUUCUUCCAAGAUCUAUAAUAUUCAGAGAUGACUGACCCAACUGGACUACCCACUACGCUGACAACAUCUUAUCCAGCUGCUUCUGCGGGAAGUGUUAAUUACAUGAUGAUGUAUCCGGGCCGGCCUCCAAUUGCGAAUAUACCCAUGCAGCCUAGUGUUGGAAUGCCGUACACUAUGCCAAUUGGAGCUGCCGGAACACCCAUCAUGCCCACAAUUAUGCCAAUGCCUACGAUGAUGAGCGCAACUCCUGGAAUAGUAGCACAAACUCAAAUCCAACAAACAUUCAGAAAUCAACGUCCUCGCAAGCAAAAUUCUUCCUCUAAACAACAAGUAAUAACGAAACCACCUACCACUACCUCGUCUCCGGUGACAAUUGUUGCGAAUCCUGUAUCCUCCCUUACGAUUCCCGAUGCCCCGAAAGGACCACCAGUCACCGUGUUUGUCGGUAACAUCACAGAGAAAGCUCCAGAUCUCAUGAUUCGACAAAUUCUCACCACCUGUGGUCAUAUCCUUUCGUGGAAACGAAUGUCGGGCAAAGCAGCCUUUGGAUUUUGUGAAUUUGGGAAUCCAGACGCCGCUUUGAGAGCAAUUAGACUACUACAUGAUAUGGAAAUCGGUCCUAAGAAAUUAGUCGUGAAAGUAGAUGCUAAAGCGCAAGAUCUUUUAGACGAGUAUAAAAAUGAAAAGAGAAAAAGCAAACAUAACGAUGCUGCAAAAUCCGAUUCCAAUGAAAAUUCCAACGAUGUUACCUUUGAUGAUGAUUAUCUAGAUCGUGAUAUGAAAUUAAUCGACGAUAAUGCUAAGAAAAGAAUCAACGAUAUUUUAAACGAUUAUAAGGACCAAAUGCAAAAGUACAAUCCAUCUAAUGCAGACGACGAUAAACCUAAAACUGGAGCCGAAGUCACCGAAGCUAGAGUUCAGCAAACGCACCAGAGACUUAUGCAAUUGACCAAGUCGUCUGCUACCAGUAAUCAUGCACAUAUGAAAAUCGAUUUAGACACGGUCGACUACGCAGAAGAUGGCAAGCGUGAUUUAAUCUCUCGUGAAAUUGGAAAAUUCAGGGAAAUCAUGAAAAAACAAGAAGAAGAAAAGGAGAUAGAACGCAAGAAACGUGAAGAACGUGAGAAAGAACGCGAACGUUACCGAUCUCCGAGAUCUCCGAGUACAAAUGGACGAGGUCGAUCUCAAAGCUAUCAAUCUAUAUCUAGUACCAAAAGCAUCUCACCUAAAAGUCGAUCUACUUCCAGGCACAGAUCCAGAAUACGUUCAAGAUCGCGAGAACGUGAUCGCGAACGCGAACGUGACCGCGACCGCGAUACUAGAAAACCUCGCGAACGUUCCCGCGAAAGAGAACGUGAAAGAGACCGCGAACGCGAACGUGACAGAGAACGCGAAGCCCGUGAACGCGACCGAGAGCGUGAACGUGAACGCGAAAGAGAUCGAGGCAGAGAAGACCGGGACAGGAAUAGGGACCGAGACCGUGAACGUGAACGGGAUCGAGAUCGAGAUCGCGAACAUAAUCGAGUAGAUACCGAACGUGAAAGGGACCGGGACCGAGACAGAGACAGGGACCACGAAAGUUCGCCUCGUGAACGUGACGACAGAUCGGAUCGUGAUCUGCUGCGUGAAAAAGAAGAAGAAGAAGAGGCCAAACAGCAGAAAAAAAGAGAACGUAUUGCUCGCGAUCGUGAAGCUGCCUAUCAAGAACGUUUAAGAGAAUGGGAAACGAGAGAAAAACGUAAAGCCAAAGAAGCUUCCAGAGAAAAGGAGAAACGCCGAAGUAAAGAAGAAGAACGACAAAAAGAAGCGAAACGAUUGAAAGAAUUCCUCGAAGAUUACGAUGACGAAAGAGACGAUAUCAAAUAUUACAAAGGACGAGAAUUACAAGAACGUCUGGCCGAUCGAGAAGCUGAAAUCGAAAUGGAUAACCGUGACAGGCAAAAAGAAAAAGAAGAAUUAGAAGAACUAAAAGCUAAAAUAUACUCUGGUGAAUCUAAUAAUCCGGAAGUAGAAUUUGCCAAACUACUGAAAGCUCGAGAAGAACUCUACAAACCUAAACUUCUAAUCAACGUUACGGAAGAGCAGAAAAAAGAAAAAGACCGCGAGAAAGAAGUCGAACGCGACAAGAAAACUCGCGAUAAAGAAGAUUGGGAUCGUGAACAAAAACGAGUCGAAGAACAAUCACCCGUCGACGAAGGUGGAGACCGGCUCAAAGCGACCCAAAAUGCGCCCCGCAACGAUCACGAAUUCGACGAAAGUCGAAAUAAUAGAAGCGAAGAUAAACACGUCAACGAAUCGGACGAUAGAGCGAAGGGUGGUUUUAAUCGAUCGCUGUCUAAUUCUCCGGCUCCUUUACCAAAUGGAUCCUCACGUUCGCCAUCGCCUGAUAACGGUGCUUAUGGUAGUCCCCCUAUACCAGUCCCUCCUCCGCAGCCUUCUCAAUCUUCAUCGACCGGUGAUAGAAUAGAUGAAGCUGGCGAUGCUUCUGAUAAAGAUAAGAAGAAACGAAAGAAACUAGACGUCAAAGACGUUUUCAAUACUGACGACGAUGACGCUGCUUCAUCUAGUAAAAGAAGAAAACUAGUUCCUUUAGAUUUUAGUGACGAUAAAAAGAGUAAAGAAAAUAAAGCCGAAACACCGAAAUCUCAGGAAGAAAAACGAAAGCAUAUUAAAAUAUUGAUCGAUAAAAUACCUACGGAUAAAGGUUCAUUAUUUAAAUACGCCUUAGACUGGACAUCAGUAGAUAAUGCUCUAAUGGAGAAAAGAAUAAGGCCAUGGAUUAAUAAAAAAAUAAUCGAAUAUAUCGGUGAACCAGAACCUACCCUAGUUGACUUCAUUUGUUCUAAGGUUUUAGCUGGUAGUGAUCCUCAAAGUAUUCUGGACGAUGUUCAAAUGGUUCUAGACGAAGAAGCUGAAGUAUUCGUCGUUAAAAUGUGGAGGUUGUUAAUUUACGAAGUUGAAGCGAAGAAACUUGGGAUAUUGAAAUAAAAUAAGGAGCUCUUCGUACGAGCAGUUUACUUUUUCUAUAUAUUUUUGUGUGUAAUUGUACAUAGUUUUCAAGUUUAAUUUUCUCUCUCUCUCUCCUUCUGUCUUAAGGAAAACGUUGUAAAAUAAAUCAAGUCUUGAUUAUUUAAUGCGUUAAUGUAGUAGAACUGUGAUUUGACAGUAGUUAAUCAGAUAUGUCUGAAGAAACGUUAUAUGAACAUAAUUUUUAAAAAUGAUUAAAUUAUUUAAUUAAUUAUAUUAUACUGUUAAUAUAAUUGUUUAUCGGUUCUUAUGAUAAUUUUUAUUAAUUUUACCGUCUAUAAAAUAAAAUAUUUUAUAAUUUCUC